CGCCGGGUAAAGCCUCUCCUAUGCGCUCUUCCCUCCCUCAGCCCGCAGAAAACAGUGAAACCCUCCCAUAGAGGUGAGAGCGCAGAUGUCAUGAGAAAAGCGACCACACGACCAGAGCGCAACGACCGACGCACCGACCGACCUCAGCCCGCCUCCAUGCGCCCCAGUCUGGGAUGCUUUUAGCGCAGAGACGCCUCCACUCAGGGCAGCCAGUGGACGUCGACGCAGAUCAUCAACACUCUUUUCGUUGUUGUUGUUAUUAUUAACCGAGGAUCUUUCCCCACGCAUCCCCCACCCCCACCCCCACCCCCCAUUUUAAAGUGUUUAUGUUUGUUUCUUCAUGACUGCUGCUUUGGGAAGCGAGCCUCAGCACCAGCUCCAGCAACACCAACACCAUGCGAGCCCAAAUCGAAGUUAUACCUUGCAAAAUCUGCGGAGACAAAUCAUCAGGUAUCCACUAUGGAGUCAUUACGUGUGAGGGAUGUAAGGGUUUCUUCAGACGGAGUCAGCAGAACAAUGCAUCCUACUCCUGCCCCCGCCAGAGAAACUGCCUCAUCGACAGAACAAACCGUAACCGCUGCCAACACUGCCGCCUGCAGAAAUGUCUCGCCCUAGGAAUGUCCAGAGAUGCGGUAAAGUUUGGCCGCAUGUCCAAGAAGCAACGUGACAGCCUGUAUGCAGAGGUCCAGAAGCACCAGGCGCGACUGCAGGAGCAGCGGCAGCAGCAGACAGGCGAGGCGGAAGCUCUGGCACGUGUUUACUCGUCCAGCCUAACCAACGGACUGUCCACCCUUAACCAUGAGAUUGGGGGCACCUAUGCCAACGGUCACGUGAUUGAGCUGCCCAAGGGUGGCCAUGGUAACGGAGGCGGAGUCCCAGGGGGAUACUAUGGGAUGGAUUCCACCCAGCCGUCUCCAGACCAGUCAGGCUUGGACAUGUCGGGCAUGAAGCACAUAAAGCAGGAGCCGGUGUAUGACCUGACGCCAGUGCCCAACCUGUUCAGCUACGGAGGCUACCAGGACAGUCAGCUGGGACCCAAUAACGUCAGCAUGGGAGAGCUGGACCGUAUUGCUCAGAAUAUCAUCAAGUCCCACUUGGAGACAUGUCAGUACACAACAGAGGAGCUGCAGCAGCUAGCCUGGCAGACACACUCUUAUGAAGAGGUCAAGAUGUACCAGAGCAAGCCCCGGGAUGUGCUGUGGCAGCAGUGUGCCAUCCAGAUCACCCAUGCAAUCCAGUAUGUGGUGGAGUUCGCCAAGCGCAUCUCAGGAUUCAUGGAAUUGUGCCAGAACGACCAGAUCCUCCUGCUCAAGUCGGGUUGUUUGGAGGUAGUCUUGGUGCGGAUGUGCAGAGCGUUUAACCCUCUCAACAACACGGUGCUCUUUGAAGGGAAGUACGGCGGCAUGCAGAUGUUCAAAGCUCUAGGUUGUGAUGACUUAGUGAGUGCGGUGUUUGACUUUGCCAAGAGUUUGUGUUCACUGCAGCUGACAGAGGAGGAGAUCGCUCUGUUCUCAGCAGCUGUACUAAUUUCCACAGAUCGGCCGUGGCUGAUGGAGCCUCGGAAAGUGCAGAAGCUCCAGGAGAAGAUCUACUUUGCUCUGCAGCACAUUAUGCAGAAGAACCACAUGGACGAAGACGCAUUGGCUAAGCUGAUCAGCCGAAUCCCAACGUUGUCAGCCCUGUGCACGCUCCAUACCGAGGAGCUCCAGACGUUCCAGCAGCUCCACCCAGAAACAGUCAACGUCCUCUUCCCUCCGCUCUACAAAGAACUCUUCAACCCCGACCCCAACUCUGCCAUGGCCAUGCCCAAGUGACUGCUUGUGGUCCCAACGCGUCAAACGGCGUCAGCGAAGGACCAAGAAAAUAAGAAAAUAGCCACGUCGGAUGAGAUAACAGCAGCUGUGUCAAUUAUGUCAUCAUCGUGGCAACCACAUAUUCCUGAGCCCCAGCCUGAAAUGAGGCUGGGGGGUGAGGAGUCAACUGCCAGAAACGUACAGUUACCGCCAACAAUACUAGGAAUGUCCAGCACUUAUUCCAUCCUGUUCACCGAUACAGUCUGAAGAAUGUAUAUAUAAAUGAAACGCGCCCCAAACCACAACCUAAGUGGGGCUUCCUCCUGUCUCCUGAACUGAACUGACUGACCAGAAAUGUACAGACUUUAAAACAUCUAGGAACAAUUUUAAGCUGUCAAUCUUUAAAAAAAAUGGGUAAGUUAAUUUGUUUUAACUUGAAUAACUGAAAAGAAUCUCUUUUGUUUGUUUGAUUUUUUUUCACAUGAAGAAAUUGUGAAGUUGAAGAAGCUGGAUGGGGAAGGGAACUGGAUUUAGAGAAGCUAUUGUAGAUAUUCUUCUAGUGCAGAGCGGAUUCCAGUAUUACUUCUUGUUCUGUUAAAAUAAGUUAGUCCUAAUUUAAAUAUACAGUACAGCAGUCCACUGUGGCUGACUAUACCUUGUCUAUGUGUUUUUAUUUUAUUUGAUAGUUUCUUGUGUACAGAAUUUGUAAAGUUGAGACUUGUAAAAGAAUAUUGGGUAAAACCGGGAGUCGAUUCGGGUUUUGUUGAUAUAUAGAAGCCUUGUCUGGAUUUUGUUCAUAUGUAAAGAAGGUACUGCAUUCUUCUGAUGAGAACUUAUAGAAAAUGUAAAGAGAGCAUAUGAAGGAUUUAAAAAGAAAUUAAUGGCUACUAAUUUUCAAGGUGAAGAUAUAUACAUAAAUAUUCUAUUUUGCAAGUAAAAGAAUCUGGCAGAUUUGCCGUCCUAUCAAUAAUUUUUUUCUCGCUGCAAUAAUUACGUCCAAGAAAAGGUGGACUGCUUUCGAACAAUCAAUCAGAAACAACCAAUCAGAAACUAGGACCUCACAAUAAACCCCACCUCUUCCCAAAUUCCCCUCCCCCUGCCCAUUAUUUCUUAUGUAUUAGGGCCUUGACAUGACAUUUCAGCAGACAGAAGUGGACAGAAAUCACAAUGAAGAAGUGAAUUAAAAUUCCACCUAAAAAAAAAAAAAAUCAAGACAAACUUGAAUUUAACUCACAACUUGCCAAUCUUCAAAACCCUUUGUGAGUGCUGUAUGCCCUCAUCCCUCCCAUCACUAUUUGCACAAUCCAGUCGAUGGAUGUCAAUCACUCCAGGCUGUGAAUAUGAAGGACCCUUUUCUCUAAAGAGCAAUAACUUUCACACUGCCUGUCUGAUCUUACUCCUCUCGUUUUUUCCUCCUCUUCCUAUUUUCAGCUGUUCAAAACAGGGUAGCAGUUUUAACUAGAAUGCACUACUGUAUAUUUGACUCUUGAUCAUUAAUUAUGUGUAACAAUCAUCUCUAUGGAUGGUACUCAUUCCACCACAGACUCUGCAGUGUUUUUAAUGUGACAAUAUGAUCUGGGGUUAGGACAUAACACAGAGCACUGACUGAACAUAUUUUAAAGCUACAAUAUCACAUUGACAAAUCACACAGAAAGCUGAUAGACAAUCACUUUUUUGUUAGCCAUUUCAUAAUGGUGAAGAAACUAUUUGAAAAAUCAUUGAGGAUACACGUUUUAGGUUAUUUUUGAUGUUCUGCAUUCAGUCACUUGAUGUAAUGUGUGCAUUACUUUUGUAAAGACAUAUAUGAUGACAAAUCUCCAACUAAAGAGCUUCCUUUAUAAUUAGUUAUUUACCAGAAUAAGCGACCCACUACACAACAAUGGCACAAAAUUAAUCAGCUGAUGGUACUUGUACAUUUUAUUACCUAAACACUUGUUUGACAAAAUUACAAUUGUUCUGAGUGGAACUUUUUGAUCUAAGACAGCACUUUUAUGCACUAAAAGUGGAGGUCUGUUCAUUGCACAGUGGCCAAAUCUUCAACUUGCUAAAAGCGCGGACACAGUCAGACUAGUUCAUUCUAGUGCAUUCAUUACAACAAUAAAAACCCUUGAACCAUUAGCAUUUUCACCCAUACAUAUUUUCUCCACAUGGUGAACAAAACAAUGUCGAUAGCAUGGGGAACGAGCAUCAAUGUUAAACAUUAGUGAUCUGCUCACAUCCAUCUGUUCCACACUGUGUCUCAGUGAUCCAGUCACAGGAUCCUUCCUCCGACCCCUGACCCGACCCCAGAUCAGAGGCCAGUGACUCUGAAGACAAUCACUUGCUCAUUAAGGCUCAAUGCACUACACAGCAUCUCUCAGGGAGCAGCUCUUUUUCUGACUUUGCAUUAAAAGAGGGUUUAAUAUUUUUGCAAAUUUACAAAAAUGUAAUUAUAAAAGAAUAACUUUUUAGGAUAAAAAUGACAUACGCAGCCAGCGUAUGCUGGCAAUGGAAUCUGCCCAGACAAGGCUUUGAUAAGUGUGUGUCUGUGUGUAUAGAGCAUGAAUUCACUGUCCAAAUCUCUUUAUAGCCCAGACUAUAUGACAAGCAUUGUUACAUAGCACAUGAAGAAAAACAAAAAAUAAUAUCCUCUAUGUCAGUGUGCUCUUGUCACCACUGUACACUCAUGUUUACUGCUUAUUUUGCUGCUUUCGGGACAGUGAAGGAAGUCCACUAGUAAACUGUGAAUCAAGCGCCAUCACAACACCCCUGGGACAGUGAAUUACAACUCUGACUAUGAAGUUUUUGUGUGUGAUGUUUUUAUUUUCCCUUGUUAGACUGUGAAUCAGAUGGGUAGGAUGGGGUUAUGAGAGGGGAUGUGCUGGCAAGAACGAAUGGCAACGCAACACUGUAAGUAAGAAACUGUAGCAAUAAGAACUGGAGGCAUUUAAUACUGUCAUGUUUGCAUUGUAAGAUUAUUUUUUAUUUUAUUACUAUUUACUAUUAUUAUUGUUCUUAUUAUGACUACUAUUCUUCUAUUACUAUUAGCCUAUUGUUGUUCUGUUCUAUUUGCAUGACGUUUCAUUGCAAUGAAACAUUUGGGGCUUAUUUGUGUUUUCUCUUCUCAUGAUAUUGUGAGUUUCGUGGGAGGGGUUAUUGGCAAGGUAGGAGGGUUGGGUUUAGGGCAAAUUCCACGUCAAUUCAGUAAGUUCAAAGCAACUUUUUUUUUUCACAAGCUGAAAGAAUUUUUAAAUAAAAUGCUCUUAUUUAUACACCACCAAUUUAAAAUUUGUUGCUCGAUUUGAAAUGAUUUUUUCUCAACCUUUGAAUGUGUGAGUUGGUAUAACCAGUCAGUGAACGGCCCUUUCUGAACUGGCCUUAUUGAACCAGAUCAGAGACCCUUAACCUGCAGCGGGAGGGAAUGAUGUGGGGAGGGUAAUCUAUUCUGAAUGUUAUGGAGUAGCCUGUUCAGUGUGAGGGGCUGAAUGCAUCAUGCGCCUUUACCACUCCAUCAACACAGGCCGACAUCGCAGAGCGCACAAUAAUACUAGUCGUCGUUCUAUAUGACGGCUCGGACAAAUUGCGCAUACAUUUUUAAUUAACUUGGUUUGAAAUGCAUUUCCUACACUUAGUCAAAUACACUCCAUCUCCUCCUCCCUUUCCUGAGAAAACCUGUGUGUGUGUGUGUGCGUGAGACAGAGAAACAGAAAGAAUGAGAUGAUGAUUGCGCUACCAAUGCUUUGUAAACUUUCUUGAUGGUUGGAGUAGUGUUGAAAUUUGUUAAUUUAUUGUUUAGAAUGUCUUUGCAUCCCAGCAAGAGCAAAUAAAACAAAAUGUAGCAAUCUGUAACCGAAACCUAAAAAGGUGCUUGGGCUACAGAACCACUUUUACACAGGAAACAAAACAAAAAAAUACAAUAAAAUGAUUUGUUUGUUUUCAAAGUGCCAUAGCUAGUUAGGAGAGAAAGGACUGGCAGAGUGGGGCGUAGAUGCUUUACUGUGUGAGUUUACUUGAGAAACCAAUCAAAAAAGGGGAGCUCCAAGGAAAAUGUGUAUUUGAUUACACUGACAAACCGUUUUUACAUUUUAUGCUUUUCUCAUUUGGUGAGAGGGGACUCUGCUGGACUCUGAACUCUGACUCUGCUAUAAAUCCAUGAGCUCUGCUGUAGAUUUUUUAUUUUCACAAGAAUGAAAGCGUGUGUGUGUGUGUGUGUGUGUGUGUGUGUGUGUGUGUGUGUGUGCGCAUGCAUUAAUUUGCAUUAAAGAGAAGCCACAAACACCCACAUUUGAUGGAUCAGAAUGGGUUGAAGUUCAGAGCUAUGCAGGGCCCUUACUGAGUCCUCCUUUGACAUGUAUAUACAAUGUGAAGGUCUGAAGUGAUUUUUGUUAAAUUCUAUAUUUUAUCGCUUUUGUAGACAUUUUGUUGUGGGAAGAAAAAAAAUAAAAGAAAUUUUAUGGGUGCA